UAGCUGAGCUCAGCACAAACUUGCAACAAAAACUUUCCCUAAAAUUGCUUCAUCCUUCGACUUUUCAGCUCAACUCACUCUCUUCCCCAGAAAUCUUCGGAGAAGUAAUCGAAGAAUUCGGAUAUGGAUUCCGAAAUUCAACGCAGAAUCGAGGAAGCUGUCCGCAGAAUUCUCGAAUCUUCCGACAUGGACGAAAUGACCGAGUCCAAAAUUCGAGCCCUCGCCUCCAAGGACCUCGAUCUCGACCUCUCCAAAUCCCCUUACAAGGCUCUCGUUCGCAAAGUUGUGGAAUCAUUUCUCCAAGAACGGUCUGAAGAACAGCCUCAAGACCAAGCCGAUGAUGCCUCUGCUGCUAAGGAGAAGGAGUACGACGACGAUGGCGAUCUCAUUGUUUGUUGGUUAUCAAGCAAGAGGAAGGUGACGAUUCAGGAUUUUAGAGGGAAGACUCUGGUUUCGAUCAGGGAGUUUUAUAGAAAGGAUGGGAAAGACCUCCCUACGGCAAAAGGAAUAAGCUUGACUGAAGAACAGUGGUCCGUCUUUAAAAAGAAUGUACCUGCCAUAGAAAAAGCUAUUAAGAAUAUGCGAUCACAAUGAAGUAAUAAUCACCUGAUGGUCGAUGAUUUGAAGCCGUGAUGCUCUGUAUCUAUGGAAGCCAGAUUUAUUACCAGGAAAAGGGGAAGGGGUUUUAGUUUUGGAAUUGCUGCAGUUUCUUGGUUGCAGAAUAUUUUGGUAUUUUGGUACUUCUGUUUUGAGCCUAGACCGCCAACACUCAUAAAACUUCAAGAUACCUGUGUACUUUCAUGGCUUCAAGGUGGACAACUGUGGUACACAUUCUCCAUAACCAGAGCUCAUACCAAUGAAUGAUCUCUUAUCUAAUUGUUUUAUGCUAAAAAACGCAUGACAUAAAUUUAGAUGUAUGCCAUCCGAGCCAUGUCAUUGAAGGUUGAAUAUCUUUGACAUUUGAUAUUGAACUGAUUCAGUUUUAGGAGACUGAAGUUAGGCUGUGACCCUAUAUAUAUAUAUAUAUAUUUAUGGCUGGCAUUAAUUAGUCUUCAGAAGCUCUUUGUUUGUU